AUGAACUUCAAUACUUCUUUCUUUAAAUAGGGCGUCAUAAAUAAUAAUAGAAUUGAUAUAAUCAAACGCUAUGGAAAAUCUAAAUUCUGGUUCGACAUAAUCAUAGUUUUACCUUAUAUCUUUGGUUAAAAUUCACAAUUUUACUAAUCAAUAUUUAUCCUCAGAGCCUUUCUAAUAAGAAAUAUCAUACAUCGAUUGGAAGAAGUUUUUCACCCAAGAAAUUUAGGAGCUGCUUUAGUAGAUAUAAUAAAAGUUAUUUUUGUUAUAUCAUUUAUAGCACAUUUAUUUUGUUGUAGUUUUUAUUAUCUUUCUACUUUUGAAACUGGCUAAACUACUUGGGUGACUAAAUUAAAUCUAGAACCUAAUGAUAUAUUUGGUUUAUAUGUAGCUGGAGUCUAUUAUUCAGUUAUUACAAUGAUCACCCUAGGUUAUGGUGAUAUAGUUCCCACGACCACAGUUGAAAGAAUAUUUGUCGUUGGUAUGACUCUAGUUUCAUGUGCAGUCUUUGCUUAUUCAGUUAAUACAAUUUCAGGAAUUAUUGGAGAUUUUUCAUCAAGAAAGAAAUAUUUUCGCUAGAAAAUGAUGAAUUUAAAUUUACAUAUUUAAAAAAGAGGAUUAAAUAAAUAAUUAGCUAUGACUGUAAGAAAAUAUAUAGAAUAUUUAUAUAAAGAAGAGAUGGUCUCUAAUGAAUCUGCUGAAAAAGAUCUUGAGCAAAUUCCUCUUUCAUUAAAAGAGGAUGUUUAUCAAGAUAUUUAUGGAAAACUCCUACGUCAAAAUAAAGUAUUUAACCUAAACUUCUCUUUAGAAUUUUUAGAUAAGCUUGCACUGAAAAUGAAAGAAAAGAGAUUUGGACCAGAGGAAAUUAUUUACAGAGAAGGAGAUGAAGGCAAUACAUUGUAUUUCUUAAUCAAAGGGAACGUUUAGCUCUUUUUGCCUAUUAAAGGGCAUAAAGAUAACUCAUAUUUAUAAAUUUAGUAAUUAGAAAAAGGUACUACUUUUGGUUUUUACUCAUUUUUUAGUGGGAAUAAUAGAGAAACAAGUGCUAGGAGUAUGAGGGUUACUAGUUUAGUCACCCUUAAUUUAGAAGAUUUUAGAGAAGCUGCAGAGAAAUUUCCUAAAGACUAUGAAAAAUUUUGUAUGCUGAGAGAUUAAAUUAAAUACAGUAAUUUGACUAAAGGGUUAGAUGUUAGAUGUACUUCAUGUGAUAACUAUACUCACCAACUGCAGCAAUGUCCCUUUCUUAAAUACAAACCUGAAAAAACGAUUUUGAUAGCUAAAUACAAUAAAUCUGAUCCGAUGCAGAGAAAAGAACAAUAGAGAAGGAUAAUAAGAAGCCCUAAUUCUUUAUUUUUGCUUUAGUUCAUAACUAAAGAUGAUAUUUAUUGUUUCUUAAAUUUAGACGGUAGUGACUCUGAUAAUGACCACUACCAUCAAGAAUAGGAAGAAGCAGUUGAUUUAGAAGAAUAGUUUAAUGAUAAGAGAACUAGCUAUGCUAAUGUUGAUGAUAGAGAAGACUAUAACAAAAUAAGAGACAAUACAAGCUAAAAUUAUAAAGAUAAUUAUAUAAAAGAAAACUCAAGUAUCAAGGAAUUUAACAGCAAUAACAAUAUAAAAGAUCAAGCAUAUAUUGAAAGCUAACAAAAUAAAAGAUAAAGCACAUACCACAGAAUAGAAAGCUCUUUAUCUUACAAAAGAAAAAUUAUGAGCCAACAUACAACUGCCUCAAAUAUGGCUAAAUAAGCUAGCAAAUUAACUUCGAGAUUGUCUUUUAGAUCAUAAAAAAUAUAAAUUGAAAAAACUUAAAAUUAAGUAAUAAUGGAUUUUAUUUUGAUAGAUAUUGAUAAACUUAAAUCCUAUUAAAAUUAUCUUCCUUAGAAUAAUUUUGAAAAAGUUAUCCAAUAAUACAAUGAAAGUUUAAUAAUGCAAAAGGUAUACAAACCGAAAAAAUAGCUUUACCAAAUAGUAAAUAAAGACCGAUAAAAAAUUAAUUUAAGCAAACUCAGGGUUAUUGCUGCCUUUAAAAAAGUCAACAAAAAUUAAUAAAUAAUUACUACAAAACACAAAAUUGAAAGUUAAUCAAGAAAAAAAGCUAUUUUAGAAUAGUUAAAGCAACAUUCAGAAGGUAAUUCAGAUUAUUUAACAUAUGAAAGCAACCCUAAUAAAGUUAAUUAGAAUAAUAACGAUAUACGUGAAUAAAAGUAAAGCCCAGAAUCAGGAAAAUAUGAAAUUAAAGUUUUGAGUCAUUCAAAAAAUUCAAUAAAUUCAGAAAAAUAACCCUAAAAUGAUUAGGAAAAUAAAAAUGAAGGAGAAAUAAAAUAGAAUAAUCUGUUAAUAAAUUAAUCAUGUAAAAGUGAAAGUGCUCUUGAUUAAGACAUUCUAUCAAAAUCUGAAGAUGUUGAUAAAAUAAAAUAUAAAAUUUUAAAAAAGAAAAAGACAAGCAGCUUUGUAGUAAAACCUUCCUAGUUUUACUAAGAAAAUCAAGCAGAAGAAUAAGAAUUUUCCAAGGAUUAAAUUGAAUAAAAGAGAUAAAAAUCUCAUAAGUAAAUUCAUGAGGCUAUUAUGAAUUAUAAUAUGAAAAGAAGGUCAUUUUCUAAUAUUAUAAAUAAUUCUUCCUUUACAGAUAUUUAAUAAAAUGAUAAAGAUAACAAUUGA